GGAUUCUCUCUCUGAGUUUCGCAGCCGCAGCAGCAGCAGGCGGGAGCACAGGAAUGAUAUCCGCCUCUGACAUUCGGUCCUCGGCGAAAAUGGCUUAACAUGACGGCCCCUGGGCGGUAAUGAGUUUGGUUUUUAUAUAUAUAUUUAUUUAUUUAUCUAUCAUUUUUCAAGCAAAUAGCUGUAACUUUCCGUUAAAAAUCAGCGUGGCGGCUUCUCGGCGCUGCGCCUGAGCUCAGUGUCCGCAGCCUCAGCACAGCAGAGCUGGAACAGCCGGUGCCAAGGUGUCAUUAAACCUCCACAGCAGGUUUUCUUCUCCGCAACAGCAGAGGAGAAAAGUUGUUCCCUCACACAGGCCAUUGAUGAAGGGCAUGGAGAUGCUCCGUCGCUCCUCAGUGUUUGCAGCAGAAGUCAUGGAAGUAUUUGAUCGUUCCCCUACAGACAAAGAACUCGUCUCCCAAUCAAAAAUGUUGUGUAGGGACUACAUUCACUCAAGGCUCAACCGGGCUGGAAUCGGUUGGACCAAAUCUGAUCUUGGAUCUACAGGAGGAACCCUCGGAGAAGUGUCCACUGUUCUUCUUUGGUUAGGUGAUGAGCUUGAAUACUUGCGACCCAGUGUGUACCGCAAUGUGGCAAAACAACUGAAUAUCACUGUGGCUUCAGAAAGUAUUGUUUCUGAUGCCUUUCUGGCUGUAGCUGCAGAAAUCUUCUCCACAGGAGUGACGUGGGGUAAGGUGGUCUCUCUGUAUGCAGUCGCUGGAGCAUUGGCAGUGGACUGUGUUCGACAUGGCUACCCAGCCAUGGUCCACACCAUUGUAGACUGCAUGGGCGAGUUCGUCCGCAAGAGCCUGGUGUCCUGGUUAAAGAGGAGAGGAGGUUGGGCUGACAUUACAAAGUGUGUAGUGAACACAGAUCCCAGCUUCCAUUCUCACUGGCUGGUGGCAGCAGCCUGCACGUGUGCACACUACCUGAAGGCCAUCGUCUUCUACCUGCUGAGGGAGAAGUGAAAGCAUGGCAGAGGAACAAUGGACAUUGAGCCUCUCUUCUGUUUUUGGUGGAGAGAGCUGCCAUUUCACUGCUUCAACCCGUUACUGCUCUUGGUGUGUUUACACAUUCAGGAAAGUUGCACUGUGCCUUUUAAAUGACAUUUGUGUGUACUGAGCUGUUCUUGGAUGUCUUCAUGGAUUGGGUUCAAGGGGCUGUAAGGAUUUUCAGUGGAUUGAUGUCCAUAAGUGAUGGUACGUAGAGGGCACUUGUAUCUGAGGGGUAACUGUCAAUAGGACGCGAGCUGCAGGAUGUUUCCCCAUCAGAAACAGGAAGCUCUGUGUGUGCGUGUGACCAGUGUGUUCCAUUAAAGCCAUACUGUCUAGCCCUCGUCUGCACUGUCACAUAGUGGCUCUUAUUAGUUUAUCCAUGUUUCUAGUGGACUGCACUGUUUUGGUUUGGGUUGUGUUUUGUUUUUUUUUUGGUGCGUGUGUGUGUGUGUUUUUUUGAAUACACUUUACUGAUAAUGACACCUUCAAAUGGGUCUAGUGUUAUGAAAUUACUUGGGCAGGAUAGAAAAUCUUUUUGCUCAACUGAAACUGAGCAGAAUAUUUGAGUCAUGCUGACCUGAAAGAUUCUUUUUAAGGGUGUGUGUGUGUGUGUGUGUGUGUGUGUGUGUGUGUGUGAGAGAGAGAGAGAGAGAGAGAGAGAGAGAGACAGAGUGAAAGUGAGAGAGAUUAAAAAGCAUGAAAUUAACAAACAGAUCUGGCUUUUUAUUUCUAUUUCUUGUCCACUCUAAAACAAAGAACUUGUCCAUUCCAAAAAAAAAACCAUAUCUGAAUCCUCCAGUUGUCCAUAAAAAGCCUAUAAGAACUCUGUCCAAAGUUUUCAACAAGGCUAAGGUGUAUCUGGUGUUUUUGUUGUCAUAGCUCUAACUGUGCUGUAAAUAUAAAAGCUAUGAACUUUGACUGCAUUUACGCAAUCGCAUCUGAUAACUUUUUCUGUUUUUAUAUAUUUAAAAAUUCCUUUUUGAGGAAUUACGCAUUGCUGUUGUGUGCAGAUUGCUAAGCCACCCUGAAUGUCUGUGGAAUAAAUGCUAGUAAAUGGAAAAAUGAA